AGUUGCACCUACCCUGGAAGCUAAUAGAUCAAAAAGAAAACAAAUUCAGUAAGCCACUCAAGUUCCCUAAAGUCACCUCAACAGCAGCAUGAGAUAUUUUGGAUACAUCUAAGAAUAUUGCAAAAUUGCCAAAAGGAAGAUCAAUGCUAGAGAUCAUGUUUUUAACUUUUGGAAUUCCUUCUGUUUAACAGACUCGAAGGCUUUAGAAUUAUUGUAGGAUUGCUCAUACAUUUUUCAUUGGUGAUUCUCUCUCAGAACAUGGAGAAAUUCCAGGAGCUUGCAUAGACAAAUAUUAAUUCAGUUUUUUGUUGGGUUUAUUAAGCGUCAUUGUUCUAUUGGAUCAAUGAGGUGUACAUGCUGGUCUAGAGGAAAUCGUUGUUGCUCACUGCAUUACAAUCACCGGUAUUGAUAAGAGAUCAUCAAGCAUUGUCUAUGGUAUUGAAUUAAUUCUAACACUCAAUCGUGUGGAUAUACUUUAAUGAGACAUAAUUCCGAGAAUACACAAAUUAAGUCCAAACAGGAACGAGUUAAAAUGGAAAUGAUGAUCGAAGGACACUUACGUUAAGCCAGUUUCAUAUAAGCCGAUGGUAUACGCAUGCGCACUAAGGUAAAAAAAAAGUUAGAAUUUGAAGACGCUCAUCAUGGCGGUCCUGCAGUAGUUACAAGCUCGUAAUGAGGAAUCAUUAUGUUGGUACGAUUGGAGAUUAUAUGCCUACUGUUGACCACUAUCCUAGGCUGUAUUCGGGUUACACUGCAGCUUCUUCACAGUGGUUUGGGCAGUGAGGAUGAAAUCCGUUUAGUAGAGGAUUUAUUUAAAAAGCAAGGGUACAACCCACUAAUCAGACCUGUCAAGAACCUGAGUGACAACGUUACUGUUAAACUGGGCCUGGCUAUAUCUCAAGUAAUAAAUGUGGACGAAAAGAAUCAAAUUAUGAAAUCGAACGUGUGGCUUCGUAUGCUAUGGAAUGAUUUUCAACUACAAUGGGACCCAGCUGAUUAUGGAAACAUUCCUUCCAUACGGGUACUCCCGGAGAAGGUAUGGAGACCAGACAUAGUGCUAUUCAACAAUGCUGAUGGUAAAUACGAAGCAACAUAUUCCCCUAAUUGUGUUCUAUAUAAUGAUGGGACAGUUCUUUGGAUACCUCCAGCUAUUUACAAAAGCUCAUGUACUAUUGAUGUGGAAUAUUUUCCCUUUGAUGAACAAAAGUGCGACAUGAAGUUUGGGUCGUGGACGUUUAACUCUGACCAAGUAAUGUUAGGGUGGUAUGAAGGGAAAAAACAAGUGGACCUUACGGAUUAUGUUAACAGCGGUACCUGGGAUAUAGUAGAUAAUCCUGCAGAACUGACCCACACGGACCAAAAUAAGAAAACCAUGAUCACUUUCACAUUGAAAAUCAGAAGGAAGACUUUAUUUUACACUGUUAACCUCAUUAUUCCUUGUGUGCUGAUAUCAUUCUUAUCUGUUGGAGUUUUCUAUGUUCCCGCUGACGCAGGAGAGAAAGUUACCAUGGUGAUAAGUAUCUUAUUGUCCAUGGUUGUGUUCUUAUUGCUUGUAUCAAAGAUUCUCCCUCCUACAUCGGAGACAAUACCACUCAUUGCCAAAUACUUACUAUUUACAUUUAUAAUGAAUAUAUUCACUAUAGUGAUUACUGUGAUUAUCAUCAAUUGGAAUUUUAGAAAUCCUCGGACACACAAUAUGCCCAACUGGGUACGUGUCGUCUUUCUCAAGUGGCUACCAACAAUACUAUUUGUAAAGAGACCAAAUCACGGAGAUAGAUGGCUGAAGAAAAUUCAAAAUAGGAAAAUAUCCUACCCAAGCUCUAACUACGACCCCAAAGCAUUUAAAGUGAAUGCAAACACUGAGCUAUUGGAGUUAUCUGAUAUGCAUCACCCUAAUUGUAAAAUGAACAGGAAACCUUCUCGUACAGAUGGGGAAGGUUUGAAUGGAAGACAAGACGAAUACCAUCAGUCAGUGUCUCCAGAAGCUCACAAAGCCGCAGAAGCAGUUAGUUUUAUAUCUCAACAUCUCAAAUUGGAAGAUGAAUAUAAUGACGUUAUAGAAGACUGGACAUAUAUUGCCUUAGUUAUUGACCGGUUGCUGUUGCUAACAUUUCUUUGUAUAACGAUAGGUGGCACUGUGGGCAUAUUAUGCAAAGCCCCACAUAUAUUUGAAUACAUAGACCAGGAUACAGUGAAACAACAACUAUCGGGCGGAGGCUAGGAUAUUCAACAACAAAUUGUAUGAUAAAAGUCUUCCAUAGUUGGUAAAAGAAGCCACAUGGUGACUUCAUUGAAUAGUAAUUAUGGACAUAGUUAUUACCAUGAUGUAUAUUGUACAGGUGCGAAAGAGCUCUUCACCUCUGUGAGAGCAUCUUCAUUUACUAUAGCAAACCGUCUAGCCGUGUUCAGGUCGUUUACAUACAUUGAGAGCAAUAACCGGGCAGAUCAUUUUUAGGAAUACUACUACUCUCUGAUGUUUUGCUGGUAUAAGAGAAGUACUGUCAAAGUAAAUAUGACAGCGAUCAUUUGGUCUUAAAUUACAUAUUUGUGUUAGAUCUCUUAAAUGAAUAAUAUUAUUAUCAUAUUUAGAACUAGGCAUUGAUAAAAUGAAGCCUAUCAUAUCAACAAAGCUUACCAUGGACAAAAUAAAAAAGUCUAAUUACAUCAUUUUUGGGUAAAGUUAAAUAAACAAGUAGAUAGUGAGCUACACUUGCAUUGCAUUGAUAUACUGUAAAUAAGAUUAUGUGUUAGAUGUGAUAAAUACAUAAGUUAAUACAUGUAUUUUCAUUAUAUAGAUUUCAUAUUUGUUACUCUAAUAUUAUCACCAAUCAAAAAAUUGGUAAUUUUGUGCAGCCAGCUUUAAAAACAUGAAUUUUAAAAAAUUGUAAAGACUUAUACGUAAUCUUUCUCUUUCAU